UGUGGAACCUCAGUACCUCAAUACCUGGCGGGGGUAGCGCGUUAAAAUUAAUUUGAAGAACAACACUUGACAGAGUACGGUGUGUGACAGUCAGACGGCUAAGCUAAUAAACCGAAAAAUAAGAGCAUUCAUCCGACGAGAUGAGCAGCCUUUGUCAGCCGUGGAAUACACCCGGCAAGUCUCCUAAAAGAAGGCGUCGGGAAGUUUCGGAACGAUAUGUGCUGUCUUCAAAAAGUGGGAUUGAUGCUCAAGAAGGGGCAGAUGGCCUCAUCCUGCUCUCUGGGGGCUGCUUUGAGGAUCCACUGUGCUCCCGUGGGUCAACAUAUUUUGGCCCAACACCCCCCACCCCCUGGCCAUCCAGCCAUACCCCCAGUCAAGCACUCAGCACCCUCCAUACUGUAGCAUCCGUCAUCAUAAGACAAGUCCAGUGGUAGAUCAAUGCCUCUGAAAUGGAGCCCAUGUGCAGUCAGUCACAUUAACGGUGCGCAUCGUCUUAAAGGGCUCUUUCUCUCUUGGUGCUAAGUGGAGGAGAAACAGAGGAAACCCUGACCAGUCCAGGGUGUACCCUGCCUCUCGCCUGAAGUCAGCGGGGAUAGGCUCCAGCAUACUCGCGACUCUACUGUAGUGAGCAUAAACGGCAUAGAAGAUGGAUGGAUGGAUGGAUAGGAAACCCUACACCUACCAGCCACAACAUGAGGCACACUUGCACAAUGCAUUUGCAACUAUACAAUGCAGAUUUGUAUUCAGUGGAGGCGGCGGCGACAGCAGCAGCCGCUCUGCAUCAAGCUGAUUUCAUUCAGCGAGCAGCCGCUCUCAGGACAGCAGCAGGCGAUGUUCUUCGGUUUCUUGAUGCUGCUCUGCUGUGCAACAAAGGAAACAAGAGUCUAACAAAGAGCCAUAAAAACAAUCAGGAUGGGAUUGUACACAAGGAAGAACAACAACAACAACAACAACACACAGAAUAGAAGUUUUUAAGAUAUUUAUUAUCAGAAGUGAUGUUUUUCUGAGUGACUUGGCGAGGUUAGUUAAGCCCUGCUGUGUUGUGUUAAAAGCUUCUUACAAAUGAAAACAUGCACAUAACCACAGGGGUCCAGUCCACCAUGGUGAUGCUGGCAGUUCAGUCUUUAGUCCAUUCCGUCCUGCCUCUCCACAUUGUCACCAUGUCGCACUAGAAUCCUUGACAGCUCAGCCAGGGCCCUCCUUAAGCUCACCUGGCCAUGGCGUUGUCCGACAGUGACGAGACCGGGAGCGAUCUCUCUGAGUCUCUGGAGAUCCUCCAUCUCCAGGACCAGUACAUGGACUCGGAGAGCUGCUUCAAGUCUAAAAGCUUACCCAUCCUGAACGGACCCUGUCAGACGCACUGCAAAGGGGACUGCAAGGAGGUUCGACUGCUCGAUGCUGCCCACGUGGACGAAAGUCGCGAGCUCCAGCCUAAAACUCCUGAUGAAACGGGGUCACCGUCAUCCAGGACGGAUUUCUCCCCCUCUGUGUCCAGCAUGGUGGGGCUCAGCAGCUCCCUCCCCGUGGAUCCUCACAGGGCAGCUGGGGGUAAAAAAGUGGGCUUCUCCCUCUCCCGCCUUAUCCGCAUCCCGGCCAGGAAGUAUGUGCGUGUUAUCCUCAGAGACUCUCGCUGCUUCCUGUUCUGCAUGUGCUACCUGACUUUCAUCCAGUCCCUGAUGGUGUCAGGCUACCUGAGCAGCGUCAUCACCACCAUCGAGAAGCGCUACAGCCUACGCAGCUCUGAGUCGGGCCUGCUGGUCAGCUGCUUCGACAUCGGCAGCCUGCUGGUGGUCGUCUUCAUCUCCUACUUUGGGGGCAGAGGUCAGAGGCCACGCUGGUUGGCUGUAGGCGGUGUGGUCAUCGCCGUUGGGGCGGCGUUGUUUUCCCUGCCCCAUUUCAUUUCGCCGCCCUACCAGAUACAAGAAAUGAACGCGUCUGCGGGCCAUGAAGGCCUCUGCCUUAGUGGCAACAACAGCGGGCGGGAGAUGUUUGACGCCGCAUCGUGCCCUCGAGACCAGGAGGGCAACGAACACAACCUUUAUGUGGCUCUGUUCAUCUGCGCCCAGAUACUGGUGGGCAUGGGCUCCACGCCGAUCUACACCCUGGGACCUACCUACUUGGAUGACAACGUGAAGAAAGAGAACGCUUCUCUCUAUCUGGCUAUCAUGUAUGUGAUGGGAGCUUUGGGUCCAGCCGCCGGUUACCUCCUUGGAGGCGUCCUCAUUGGCUUCUAUGUGGACCCCAAAACGCUGGUCAACAUUGAUCAGAGCGACCCUCGCUUUGUUGGCAAUUGGUGGAGCGGCUUCCUCCUGUGCGCCAUCGCCAUGCUCCUGGUCAUCUUCCCCAUGUUCGCCUUCCCCAAAAAGCUACCACCGCGCCACAGGAAGAGGAAGAAAAAGAUGGGCUCCCCUGGUGACUUGUCCAGUGAUGACGAUGUAAUGAAGGAAAAGUCUGGCGGCAAAGGCAAUGUUUCGUCCUCGAUGGGCUUCGGGAAAGACAUCAAAGACCUCCCCAGGGCGGCGCUGAGGAUCCUCAGCAACAUGACCUUCCUGUUUGUCAGCCUGUCCUACACGGCCGAGUGCGCCAUCGUCACCGCCUUCAUCACCUUCAUCCCCAAGUUCAUCGAGUCGCAGUUUGGCAUCCCCGCCUCGAACGCCAGCAUAUACACAGGUUUGAUCAUCGUGCCCAGUGCCGGCGUGGGCAUCGUACUGGGCGGCUACAUCAUCAAGAAGCUGAAGCUGGGGGCCCGGGAGUCGGCCAAGCUGGCCAUGAUCUGCAGUGGCGUCUCUCUGCUUUGCUUCUCCACGCUGUUUAUCGUGGGCUGCGAGAGCAUCAACCUGGGCGGCAUCAACAUCCCGUACACCACAGGGCCGACGCUGACACUGACCCACAGGAAUCUGACAGGAAGUUGCAAUGUCAACUGCGGCUGCAGGAUCCACGAGUACGCUCCCGUGUGCGGCUCGGACGGCAUCACCUACUUCAACCCCUGCCUGGCCGGCUGCAGCGCGGUGGGAAACGACAGCAGUGGGUUGCGGAACUACACAGACUGCGGCUGCGUUCAGAGCAGGCAGGUGAUCACGCCGUCGUCGGGCGGUCAGGUGAACCAGCUGCAGCUGGUCAUCGUCAAGACGUACCUGAACGAGAACGGCUACGCGCUGUCGGGCAAGUGCGACCGCACGUGCAACACGCUCAUCCCCUUCCUGAUCUUCCUCUUCAUCGUCACACUCAUCACGGCGUGUGCGCAGCCGUCCGCCAUCAUCGUCACGCUCAGGUCUGUGGAGGAACAAGAGAGGCCUUUUGCUCUCGGGAUGCAGUUUGUUCUCCUCAGGACUCUUGCCUACAUCCCCACGCCUAUCUACUUUGGCGCGGUGAUCGACACCACGUGCAUGCUGUGGCAGCAGGACUGCGGCGUGCACGGCUCUUGCUGGGAGUACGACGUCACCUCCUUCCGCUUUGUCUACUUCGGCCUGGCCGCCAGCCUCAAGUUUGUUGGCUUCGUCUUCAUCUUCCUCACAUGGUACUCCAUCAAGCACAAGGAGGAGCGCAUGGCGCGCUGGCAUCAGCACCUGCCGCCGCCCCUGGGCACCGUCAGUGAGCUCAUCUGCCAUGCUGGCGGCCACAAGAGCCACGCCCGCACACGCUCCUGCCCCGUGUUCAUCCCACCCCGAGCUGAGGUGCCCGCUGCCCUGUUGCUGGACCGUGGACACAGCAGUCUCAGUUGCCCUGGUAACGCUCUCAAAGCAAUAACCCCGCCUAUCGUGUUGCCGCAUCACCAUAGGGACUCUGCCCAUGUCUGAGAGCAGGCCCGCUGGUGACACGUGCCUUCUUUGGGCCUCCCACACAUGUGCCCGCCCCCUUUAAAAGGGCUGAGCAUCUCACCAUGGUGCUACUGACCUCAAUAAAGCACAAACGUGUCCUAUGCAAGAUACACCUCCGCCGCCCAUUUGCAGUACUGUACAGCGCCCCCUGUCGUCACUCUUGUUGUCCUGCAGCCAGACAGACACUUUCUGCAUUUUUGUGCCUCAAAGUCUUACAUACGGAGCCCUGGAGGGACAUGGAGAAAUUAAAGAACAGACUUUUGCGUCCCCCCUCGCAAAAGACAUUGAGGUAAAGCUAGAAACGUGUUCUAACACAGUCCAACACCUACAACUCAGUUGUCUUCUGUGCAGUCUGACUUAUUGAUCUCUAGGAGAAGACAGCAGCGAGACCGCCAUAAUACAGAACAAGAAGACAUUUGUAGACGGUUCCUGCCCGCUUCUCCUAGAGAUCAAUAUGUCAGACUGCACAGAAGACAACUGGGUUGUAGGUGUUGCCAUGGUGGGAAAUUGGUUCUAACACAGUAAACCAUACCUUGCACGUGGGAGUUAUUGAUCCCGGAAGUUUGAAUAUGUUUCCAGCUUUACCUCAGUCUCUUUUGUCUCCUCCGGGGCUCCCUACUUUUAAACAACGCAACACUGGUACAUUUACAUAGACAGUCAGGUCCAAAUGCUAAUUCAACUAUUGUGCUGAGGCUACUGUAAGUCCCAAAGAUGUGAUCCAAAGGGGCAAGUGUUUGUGAAAUGAUUGUAUCCAUGCUGCAUCACCUGUACAUAAAAGGUAGUAAGCUAAUCAAGUAGCAUAGGCAGCAUGUCCAGAAACGCAUUACUUCUCCCCCCCGUUACAAUUUUUUAAAUGGUCUAUUAAAGGGUAUUCAAUUUUAAAUUAGUAUUUGUGUGACUUAAAGUACCUCAGCAACUAACUGACAUCAUGGUGUAAAUAGCGAUACAAAUAUGGUAGAACAGAGAUUCGUAUGUAUCAACGUUACCUUUUACGUAAAGACUAAAGUCAAGAUGCCUACACUACCCACAAUGCACUUCUCCGUGACAACUUAUAUCAGGAAAGGUUCAAGUUGGUUACAGAGGAAGUAAACGCGGUGGAAAUAUGAAAGAAUCUUUUUGAAAAGUAUGAAGAAGCAGAAAGAAAGACUGGACCUCAUUGAUAUUUUAACAGUAUUCAGAAUGUUCCUCAGGAGCAGAAGUCUCAUGAACGUUUGGACUAUUUGCUUUACUCGCAAACAACUUGAAUACAUUGUUGAGAUUUAUCAUUAAAAAGGUGAACAAUCUUUGUUUCCCGUGUCAUGCUAUCAUCUUGAAAAGCCUCGAUUUCAGUCCAGGGCGCCCCCUAAAGUAUUGGAGUGGAACGUAAAGGUACGGCUAAAUACAACUAGUCAACAAGAGAAAAAAAAAUUGCAUAAUUCUUUACUUACUUUCUUGGUAAAAGCAUUUAAAAAGAAUAAUUCACUAUUUUUACAAUGUGAAUAUUAGAUGGCCUAGUUUUAUAACAAUUACAUAUUUUAAGUCAAUUGUUGGGAGGGUCUAUCUUUGUACAAAUGCGUUUUUAGAAUACUUAAACUAAAUUGGAAAAAAAUUAUAUAUAAUUCUGCAUAUUUUAAAGGCAUUUACAUUGGGGGGAGCAGCUUACAUGCAUGAAUGCAAUGUUAUAAAUACUGCUUAGCUAUUUUUAUUAUAGGUUUAUUUUUUUUUAGGGCUUUGAGAGGCUUUAUAUUUGUACAAAUUUUUUGCGAGCGAUAAAUAUAUAUUGCAAUAUGCAGUAAGUUUCUAGCCUCAGAGGUGGGGUUGAGGUCCAGUAAUUAAUGGAGAUACUAUCAUCUAUCAGAGCGGAGACCACUAUUUUUUUCAAUAAAAUUUUGAGUAAAUAUUAAAGCAUUCUCGCGCAUGACGAAGUUUGUACGUGCACUGCUAGCGCUAAAACUAAAUUAGCGAUGUAACGUGGUCACUGAGCGGGAACCGAACCCACGCUGGCUGCAUGGGGGUCAGCCGACUGAACCAUUACGACCCAUCAGUGACAUCAUGUGACACCUUAAAAAAAACACAGUUGAUGUCAUGGCUUACCAGCAACCACUGACUCAUGUACACGCACACGCACUUUAAGUGGGUUGGGACAUCAUAGCGAUGCUGAUGCACCGCCCUUUUGGAGCAUCAUGCAGUAAAAUGUGCAAAAUGCUGUUGAAAUAUUGCACUAACGUGACCUCAGCUUACUGUAUAUGGGGGGGCGGGGGUGUCGGGAAGUAACCGCGCGUGAUUGCAUUCUUUCUGCUUCUGAGUCAACAUCAUUUGUCAGUAAAGUGGGUUUUGAGGUGUCCAAUCAGUCUAAGGUUUAUUUUUACUUUUUGGACGGUGAAUCUACCAAACAUGCCCAACCCCUUUCCUCAAACACACAUUUUCAAGUGUCAAAAAAUUGAAAAACUUAACAUCGCGUAUAAAACCCAAAAUGCUGUAACAUCUCGUGAGGCGGAAAAGGAUUCAAGUGCAUGUGGGGUCCGUGUUUGUUUUUGCUAAACUGACUGAUUCCUCAUAAAAAACGGUGUUAUCCGUAGAGAAUAAUCUCAUUUGACUCCCAACACUUAGCUGCAUUAAGGCUUUUCUCUAAAUAUAUAAUAUAUAUAUUUUAAAUCAUAACACUGUUAGCUAAUAAUAAUGUACAAAAAUAAACAUUACCUUUAAAGUCAUUAUACAAGUCUGAAUGACUGACCUCGUCACGUGUCUGUCUCUCUGCGCCGACCAUCAGAGAUUCGGAGCGCCGCUGCCCUCGUAGAGCAAUGUGAAGGGCGGAGCCGAGAGCACCACCGAGGUCGGAGUCUGCGGGGUGGGCCGAGUCUGUGGGAAGGGUGGGCUCCUGGUGGAGGUGGUGCUGGGCCUCAGGGUGUUUGGGGCAAGAGGGAGGAAGCCUUGGUCCUGGAAAAUGUCUUCCUCGUCAUCGUCACCAGGACCCGGAGCGCGGUGAGGGGCGGCGCCCUCCAUGUGGGUAGGGUGGGGCUGCAGAGUGUUUUGAGUGCGCAGGAGAGCGUCGUGUCGCGUGUCCAGCUCGGUAAGCCCGUUGCCGCUGAACACGUCUCCGUCCAUCUCCUCCAGCUGCUGCACCCAGCCCCCAUUCUGGGCGGGGGGCACCACUGGCAUCUGAGGGCGGUCCGUUUGCCUUUUGGGAAGGUCAUUGAUGUGCGAAUCCAGUGUGGGCUUGGGUUCAGGGGUCAUGGUGGUGAGGCUGGCCAGGACAUGCUCGUCCCCGCUGCCCACUUCAAGGCCUCCGCCCCCGGCCCCGGAGCCCAGGUCGGGCAGGGUGGAGUCGUCAAGCGUUAAGGUUUGGUUGAAUUUGUUCAAAAGGCGUGGCAGUGCAAACAUGUGAUCUACAUCCUUCUGGAAGUUGGCCCAGUCGUCCGGACCCGGGCUGUAGUCGGGCCUACAUUCGUAAAGGCUUUCGUUGAUGCUGUACAGAUCCUCCAGCCCCUGCCAGUUGACGUCCUCGUCCGUCAAGUUGGGCAGUUUAACCCUGUCGUCCGUCCCAUACUGGCUGUGUGCUGCCGAGGAGAAGGAGACAAGGAGAAGUGAGGAUCUAGGCGACAGAACCAUGAAGCUGCAGCACCAUGCGGUCUCUCCCACACACACGCACUUGCAGUGCAAACACAUGCUGCCACACAGCAGAGAGAAAACAUAUUCCACCGCAAUAAAGUGACACAUAAAGCUGCACAAAGAGGCUCUGCAACCUGGAAUUCAAAACAAAAAGCUAAAAAGGAAGUCAAAAAAAUAAGCAAAGCUGCCGCUUGCUUGCUUGCACGAGCAGGAGAAGACAGGACGGGACGGAAAGCGAAAAGCUGGACAAAAUGUGCUUUCUGGAAAGAACUUUUUAUAAAGUCACAUUCAUCAAAAUUGUCGUUUUGUGUGCUUGUUUGACUAAACUGGGGUGGGGGUGGGGGGUGGGGGCUUCAGGACUCACAGGAAGGAGAGGCUCGGUCUCCUCUUUGACCACUUUCGGUGCUGCUGUCGCCUGGUAAGCAGGUACCACAAACACACGUCACAAGGGAAAAGAUCAAAGAUCAUUUCAUGAUGGCCGCCAGCAAACGUGGGAGACCUUUUGGAUGAUGAUGAUGACGAUGAUGAUGAUGAUAGUGUGUAUGAUAGCGGACAUGAGCCAUUAAAGGAACAGUUUGACAUAUUUGUGGCUUUUCCACUGCACGGUACCAGCUGGGCUCCAUUUGGCGCUGUCGGCUUUCCACUUGGAGGCGAAACCGCGUAAACAUUGAACGCACGGGUUGGAAUAAAAAAAACAGGAUCGCAGCAGCAUAAUGGAGACUAAGGACUGUCGCUAACCACCAGCAAACAUUAGCACGUGUGUUUCUACUUGUACACUUUCUGCCAUGUACUAAAAGGCAAAUAUUACCCGGAAAGAGACUGAGGGCAGGUGCAGCAAAGUGGAGACUGUGGAGACUCGCACACUGCACAGCAGACAGGGUAAGUUAACGUUAGCAUGACUGUUUAUUUUGGUCAUUUCCCCCCGCACAUGCUACAAACGCUACAAAGAAGACCAGCUGUGGGUAACGCCACGCUUAAUAGUACCUGCUUCUGCCAGUGGAAACGCGUGUAGAGCCGAGUCGGUACCAUGCAGUGGAAAAGGUGCAAUAUUUUGUGCUUGUCAGGCGAAGGAGGAUAGGUGUGAUAUAACAAGAUGAAAAUGUCAAACUGUUCCCCGCAGGUGUGUGGUGAGGAAGUGUGUGGCGGGAUGACACGCCGUCAUGCAUCUCAUGUCAUGAACGUGCACUACAAUGUCUCAAGCACAUGACGUCAACUCCAAUGAGUGCCGCGACUCUGCAAAGACAAUACUCAUUUGAUGGGGGGGGGGGGAAGCUGAAGCCUGAUGAGAGAAAGGAAGCUGCAUUGAUGGGAGGAAUGUUAGCGUGCCCCCCAGCAUGCAGCCACACACCAAAGCGCUGGCGCUUCAUGGAUGUUAUUAGUGAGGCGAUGAGGCCCAUGCAGGUGUUAACAAAAAAAACACAAAAAAAAAAACAGAGGAGGGAGAAAAAGCCACAGAAGAAAGACAAAAAUUGGGUGGAUACCUGUGUGGCUCAUAGCUGCCUCCAUCUUUACCUCCUGAUCAGGAAAAUAAAAGCAAUCCAUUGUUAAUGCUUGGAUUCAAGGAGACGUGGGAGGGAAAUCAAAUCAAUAGUUUCAUUCACACUGAAGAGAUCUUCAUGCACCUAUGGAGAGAUGUCGGACCAUCGCAGAGAGGAAGAAAAGGAGGAGACGUGUGAGAGAGAGAGAGAGAGAGAGAGUGUGGUUUUCUCUUGCUAAGCCACUUAAACAAACCCUGUCAUUACUUUUUAUUCAUUUUCCAGCAAAAUAGCACUUGUGAGCCAACGUCGGAUGCUGUCCAGUUCUUAAUUAAGGUGGCUCGUGCUUUCUGAGGCUCGUUAGCUCAUCAUGGCCUCAUUUUUUAUUCACCGACUGACGGUGGGGGGGGGGGAGAAGAAAAAAAGAUGAUAAUUAUGCCGGUCAAUAAUGACGAAAUCCUGCAGGUAUUGACUCAAACACUAGAGGGCGCCACUGGCAGGCUUAUUCUGCAUCGGCACACGGUAGAUGGAGAACAGCUUCAAGGACCACAGGAGUUGAGGUCACUGUGUGUGUGUGUGUGUGUGUGUGUGUGUGUGUGUGUGUGUGUGUGUGUGUGUGUGUGUGUGUACAAGAAAUCAAAGGUCAAAUAAGAGUUUCGGCUCCUCCACCUGAGAGAGUGGAUCAUUCCCAAACACAUGCAGCAUGCAGAUAUGUGCAAAACACACCACGGAGACUACAACACAUCAGCUCCACUCUCAUCCCUCUGGGUGGGGACGUUUGAGUCCUGUUGUCAUAGCGACCAGCUCACCCCACGGAGUUGAGUGUGAACGAUUUACCUGCAUCCAAGCCUUUAGGUCGAGGGUUACACUGCUUGUAGCCUUGGCAGCUCCUCAUCUCCAUCAGCUGAGCGUGAAGGGAGUUCAGCACGUCGCGGUCCACCUCGUACACGGCGUUGGUCAGCUGUGACACGGGCGUCAUUUAAAAAGGAGGGCGUCGAGAAAUGCAGCGCACGGGCGCAUGUGGCGGGAGACGCACCUGGUAGGGGUCGCUGUUGAGGUCAAAGUACUCCAGAAAGCCGGUGGAGAACUCGCAGAAGAGCGUGUUGUGGGUCUCGUUGAUGGUCCUCAGGCACCAGUAGGUGUUGUUGUUGGAGCUGGUGCACGCGCAGAACCCGCCCACUGGACAGGGAUGGACAGAUGGUCAGACUGGAGCUUGGGAUGGAAAUAAAUACCUGACCAUAGAGACGUCUCAGGCUGUGUUCACACGGGUGGUUGGGUGUUCUUGACCGAACCAAAAUACUUUGGAACAGUUGGCUUGUCAUGCAUACUGGUGUUUUUGUCAUGGGACUGAAGGCUGCACAGUAAACAACAUGCACAUACAAGUCGGGACGUUUUAUAUUCAGCUGGAUUUACCAGCUUAGAUUUCAUGAAAAACAUCCAAGUAUAUCAAAUAUGUAAGCCGAUCCAAAAACACGUCUUGUAUUCGUGUUACUGUGGUGAAGAAAUACAUACACGUCCAGAAGGGGGCAGUCUGCCAGUGGUCGUUGUUGUGCGUGAAGCAGGUGAGGCCCGGCAGGCUGCAGUCAUCUCCUUUCCUCUGCCGCUUCUUCUCCUUCCUUUCCUUCUUCCUCCUGCGGAUUUCGUUGUACAACUGCACCUUCCCGUCCAGCUCGUGCGCCGCCUCCCUGUGCAAUAAAAAAUAAAAAAUGACAUCAGCCCAGACUCUCCAUGUUGGGCCAAGGGUCCAACAACGUGUUUAAGCACACGCCGUGCCCAGUUUGCUCCGGGAUGACAUUGCAGCCACCGUCCCCUCAUCCACACUGCCCAGUGUCUCCUGCUACAAGUGCGUUCGACGGAUCUCCCUCUCUUUUCGUGAGUCAUUCAGUGUUUGCAUGCGACCUGAUCACUUCCAGACACACAGCAGGUCCCCGCCCAUUCAUCUGCUGUGUCAUCUUGAUGACAUUCUUGGAUCCAAACCCGGCACUCAAGACCAUGAGACAAUUUAAAGUCAAUCUCAAUAAUACUGCAGCUGUGAUUUAUGAGUGUACUUUUGCCAACGUGACAAAAAAAUGAUUUUUGGGGGGAUUUUAUUAGUUUCCUUCUCACGUUCCGUUGCAAUGUGCCGCAUGUUAUUUCUUUCCUAAUUUAUCCUUUGCCCCAAUAAAUGUUUCUCGUUAUAAAGACAUCUGUUUUUACUGCAAAUACUGUAAGAAGUCAUGAGUAGAAGAAUGAAUUGCAGUGGAGAGACAUGAUUGGUCAUGAAGCAAAGGAGGAACUCACUUAAAUGGAUGGAGUUGAUCAUUCCUGUUCUUCAGCCUCUCUGCCUUGUUCCUGUCUCCUUUGCUGUAAUAACUGCUGGUACACACACACACACACACACACACACACACACAUUACUACGACGUUCCCCAUAGGAAAUAUUGUAAAUCCAAUCAAUGUGUCUCAGACACCCAAAGUCACAUUUUAUAGAGAUUAAUUACAGUUUUACGUGCAGAAAUCAAUGUAAACUAAUUACACGUGACGAAAGGAUGGAACUAAUUGUUGACGCAGACUUCCUGAACGUCCUGGCGAGAUCAAAUUUAAUCGUGUUUCUCUACGUCUUUAUCAAAGUGCUGGCACCCGCAAGUUUUUGGCCCCACGGCGAGUGAUUUAGCGGUAAUAAAAAAAACGGCCAUGAAAUGUAUGAAAACUGAGGCAAAAUUUUGGUGAAAGUGACAAAAAACAAACCAUAUGAAAGUUUUGACUACUACUAUUAUUAUUAUUAUUACUGUAAAUGGCAUUCAUGGUGCCCCUUACUGCUGUGGUGAAAAUGCUUUGGAAGACAUGCUAGCAUACCUGUUCUACUACAUUAGAUCAGGGGUGUCCAAACUUCCCAAACUGAUGGCUGCAUACAACAAACUAAAGGAUGUGGGGGCUACUUUCACAUUUUCAUGUAUUUUUACAUUUUUUCCCAUUUUUGCUGGGUUAUUUGGUUUAAUUUUAUUUCUACAAUGUGCCACAGGCCAACAAAACACAAGCUGCGGGCUGCCAAUGGUCCGCAGGCCACGCUUUGGACACCCUUGGGUCCAUUGGGUGUGUGCGUUCAGGAUAAUUACAGUUCCAAUAGCUACACUAUACAACACAGUAGGAGCAAUAACAGCACAGCGCAGGGAGUAAAACGAGUAUAAAUAAACUAGAAUCAUGAAGUAAGAAUACAAAACAGGUAUAAAAUACAGAUUAAAAUGUACGUAUAAGAGGUAAUACGGAUAUCCUCAAAGUUUGAGAAUCAUUAGAUCAGUGCUCUAUGACUUCUGGGCUAUUAUCUAUUAUGUGUCCCUGCAAAGAGGUUUUGCUUUAUGGCAGAGAUUUCCCAUGCAUGUGCUCGUCAGUCCCCUAAAGGUGUGUACCAAACGUUGUGAUGACUUGACUACACAACCUGAUGUUGCAGUGGAUGUUUUGUAGACUGGAAUUGAGCUGUGUGAGGAAUUUCCAGUCAAUCCAAUUGAUGGGGUUCAAAAACAGCGCCACCCGGUGGUGUAUUUGUCAGAAAAACAAUAGCACAGGCAAUACACCAGGAGUGCGUCUUUGGCCACAUUUCCACCCCGUCGUGUGCAGCGCUUCAGGAAGAGUGUGUUUGUAGAUUUAAGUGGUGGUGUUAUUUUAAGGGUGAGCAGAGUGACGGCUCACCUUUUCUUUCCACAAUCACAAUCGUCGGGUCGCGUCCUCUUCAGAUGGCCUCUGACCUCUCGCAGAUUUUUGAUUUUGUCUUGAAGUGCUUCAAUCUGCAACCAGACACACACCAGUCAUGUCUUGUGUUGUUGUUGUGUUGUGUUGUUGUGCAAACUCACCUCUUGGUCCACGUAGCUCUUGUGGUCUUUCCAGGCUCUGGAGGACUGGUAGAUUUCUCUCUCACAGUGGACAGAGUCAUUCAUGAGGAUAUAACACCUGCAAAAGACACCCGACGUGUCACACGUCCACAUCCGACACUCAUGUCAUAAGGAGGCCGUGGGACUCACUUGUGCGUAACCUUCAGGGAUUUAGGGUACCCCACCGCGUUGGUGUCGUCUGCAAGCAUUUCCUCUGACCCGUCAUCAGCGUCCGAGUCAAAGUCCAGGUCCUCUGAGGGGUAGUGACGCUUGGAGAUGGCGCGGUGGCGGACGGCGGACUGGUCGUCCGCUUGCAGGUCCACGUCGUAGAUCUGACCCUCGAAUUCCACUGAGAGAGACCUGGUGGGACGUGUGUGGACGAAGCGUGGACGAUAACCUAAAAGGUAAGAUGAUAAACUUGUUUUUGUAAAUGAUACAUUUCGACAUCUGUCAUGUAUAUAUGUACAUAUGUAUAUGCACUGACUAGUUUGAGAAUUCAUGCCGUGGACCUACUUCAGAUGUAAUUACUCUACGAGACACUAGAGGGCGUCACAUGCUGUAUCGUGACAUCUUCAUACGUACGCUGGCCAGAGGAUGACGACCGCUGGGAACGGCGCUCCAUCCUGGAGGGUUUGAAGAGGGCAUCCCCGCAGUCGCAGCCCCUCUCGUGGGCAUCAUAGCUGCUGCGGGACCUGAGGCUCCGAGCCCUCUUCCUGGGGCCCUCCUUGGAGCCGCCCUUGCACUUCUGUAUCCUCCACUUGCCCGUGAUCUCCUCCACGCAGUGCCACCUCUGUGGAGCACAAAGAAACAUAAGAGACGUCAAGGGUUCGUGUUCUUUCAUCCGAAUGAGCUCAUUUAUUCUGGCACUGGUGCGCCACAUCCUAUGGAUUUUGACCGCACUGCUGGAGCUGUGAUCGAGGAAUGCUUCUGACUCAUGUAUUACGCACAACAGCACAGACGACAUGACCACACAGGUUGAACUGGAUCCGUCUCGGGGUGUCUGCUUUUGGUUCCUCGUGCUCACGGGUCAAGUCCACGCCAAGUGCGUCAGCGGAUAAUUAUUAAAGCGACGCCCUCUUGCACAUCCUCCGUCUUCCUGUGAUGAAAUGAGCUGAGGAUGUGGAAGAGAGACAUCUGCAGAGCGCAGCGCUUGAGUGUGGGAACGAGGGUGCAAACGCAGGACCGCGAGGCCUAUCGGGUUUCCCUUGGAAGGCUUGCACGGUGAUGAAGAGCUCGGGGGUCUAACAGAGCUGAUACGUCAGGAGCACGAAAGGGCGAGCAGCCGCACUGGGAUGAAAACAAUCUGUUUUUCUUUAUGCUUCCACCGCACCGCACCUUCCCCUUUAAAAAGGUCCAACAAGAACCACUGCUGAGGUGCAGGAGAGCAUUCAAAUGGGAAGAGGAAGCAGGAGGAUUGUUGCCCCGUGGCCAAUCCCAUCAUUCUUAAACUGACGCAACAGACCAAACGAGAGCUGUGCAUGGACAAAAGGCAGUAUGAAAAUCAGGAUAAUUGUGAAACAUACACACCACUCUCACCUCACUAUGGCGCAAUGCUGUUUCUCUCACCAUGCAAACUACGCCCACAAUAAUAAACAAAGAAAAGUUGUGAUAUAGCAGCUUAAAUGACUCUUCAAGUGCACAUCAGCUUCAUUUACAAUAAAUCCACAUCAGCCGCCAGCCUUCAGAAGAAAAAUGUGAGUCAAAAUCAAACAUUUUUAAUUGCAUUUGAUCUGAAAUGUGUUGAUUAACCGACCUGCUUAGCACUGACGAGCUGGCAGUACGGCACAUGUGCCUUUAUGAAGUGAGUCAUGAUAUUGCCUGCCAUGUAUGAGACUGCUGUUAAGUCUACUCCAGUUUGUUUCGCUUUGCCACGUGUGAGCAAGCAGAUUAGGCCUAAGUUAUACGUACACACCCAGCGUAUACUGUACAUGUACCUCAAGGAGAAACUCUGCAGCGCAACAUACAGUACACGUGUUUGUGUGGAUCUGGCUUGCAUUAAGGUGGCUCCUCUCGAAUGCCGACCUUCACACAACACGGACGUGUAACUAUUUGUAUUGUUCUAGUCCGUGUGCUCCCUGGCCGCGUAUUUGUACAACUACAGUACUACCAGAAAAUUAAUGACCACAGAUAAAAAGUAAAUGCAGACAAAGGGGCAGCAAAAGGGCUACUUGAUGUGCCGCAAGGUAGAAUAGUUCCACAAGCGGAUAUUUAAAAAGGUCCCAGUUAUAAAAUAGUGACUUUUUAAUGAUGCCAACUGUAAAACGAUACAGUAGAGGGCAAACGGACUACUUUGUUACGUGCAAUAUUGUACAAAAACCAAGGCACUGUACACAAUUUGACAAACAUUUGUUACCAAAUCAUCCAAAAACUGGGGCAUAUGAAAAACUGAGGUUUGACUGUUCAUGUCAAACGUGCACAAUAGGAGACGCACACAAGUGUGGACAAACAUCUCAUUUGCAGCUACAGACAAAUGACUUGUUCACAGUAGGGCUGCUUAAAUUCCAGCAUCAAGGCUAGAUUUUGAACGCUAAUGUAAAAUUGUUUAAAAAUAGUAUAAUGUGGGACCUUUAAUGGAGAAAAACAGCUGUAAAGUGAAAAAUAAUGUGUCACCUGUCCCGGCUGUUCACAUGGCGUCUGGAAUUCAGCUUGCUGGCAGGUUUCUUUCACCUUCAUGUACUUGGGCAGGCUGUUGGUGUGCUGCGUGCUCACAGAGUCAUCCUUCUUCCUCAGGAUCUUUCUGCACAACAGUGACAAAAGGAGCCAGUGAGCCCAGCAGCCAAACGGGUCAAAGAAAACGUGAGCGCUUAUUUAACGUUAAGAGAGUUCGUUCGGGAUAUUUUUCUGCUUCUUGUGGUUGAGGAAUGAAGAGUGCGUCUGAACACGAAGCCCUGACCUCAGCUUGGCUUCAGCAUCAGCCCAAUCUCCUCCGCCACAAGACCUGGCUGCGUCUCCGUCUCCCAUGCCAGCUGAACCCCCCUCUACCCCCCCAUCUCUUCGCCAGAGAGGCCAGGCUGGCCUCUCGCAAGCCACAGACAGAGUGACGGCAACAAAUAAGCACAGAACAACCUGCCCCUUUAAGACUCGGCCCGCUGUCGUUUUCUAUCCCGUCUGGCGCGCUUGUUCCAAGGGCACGCGGCCAGGGUUCACACACUGGCUUGGCUGUACUUGGGAGCCCUGCGCCAAGUGUAAUUAAAGAGCUGCAAAGCCAGUGUCUCUCCCUGAUAACUAAAUUACAAAGAUGAUUCAAUUCUGUGCUACAAAGUCAAGCACUUCCCCCAUGAGCAGUCCAAGUGCAAAGAGACGUUAGCUGGAGAGAGUGCAGCUGCAUGGUCAACAGACUGAAAGGUCUGCGGAGGCUAAUCUCAGCAUUUAGAGGCAAGCGCACAAGCAGACAGCCUUUAUAAACAGUGUGGAUUAAUGAAAGAAUGGAUUAGAGGAGCCAAAGCCCCGACGGAUCAAAGGUCACUCCCUUUUCAUUUCAUACAUACUGGUGCAGGCAACGGCCUUGUUCAUUUUUCAUACAAGCUUGCGUGUGCGUGUGUGUGUGUGUGUGUGUGUGUGUGUGUGUGUGUGUGGAUGUUGACUGUUGCUGCUAAAUUAGUGGAAAAAUGAAAAGAGGUCCAAGCCAGCAAUUUGGGACUCAAUGGGGAUUGAGGAUAAGAUAGCAGGAUGACAGACAAUGAACAUGCUGCGUCAUCUUUUUCCAUCACGUUUUACUUUUUCAUCACUGUGCAGAUCAGGAUAUUAUAUGCAGUAUCUUACAAAAGUACUAGAGAGGAACCCCAGUUUUCUUGAAAUUACUGCUUACUGCUUUUUUUGCCUUUAUUUAUUCAUUUUUCACAUUUUUGAUUUGAUUAUAUUCCCCUCAAAUUAUUGCUAAAUGUGUCUCAGUUUUUGUACAGUGCCUUGGUUAUUGUAGUGCGCCUAACCACUGGCCGUGGAAUCGAGUGCCCAAACAUAGCAUCCACGUGUUGGUGACUCCGUCUUUACGGCGAAUGGAUCGUGGUUCUUUUAGAGUUGAGACACAAUCGACAUAUUCUGGCCAGGGAAUCCUUUUUAUCAUCAUUAUAAUGUGUGUGUAUGCUUUAUUUGUUCAUAGAACACACACAGGACGAUUAACAACUCAUCUGUCUCCUCCCUUUCUCCUUUCAAGCACUGUGCAGUGCACUGAUGAGCCGUUCAAGCGCACUGCGUAUUUCUGAGCGAAAUUCAAUAUGGCUGCAACAAAUAGCUGCAAGAGCCAGAACUUAAGGAAGUUACAGCAAAAGUACAAGGGUAGCAUCUGUUACAAUAUAGUAGCUAUUAAUGUAAAAGGUGGGAACCUUUAACACAGGUUGCAAGGGGAAUGGUGUAGCGGAGACACACAACAGAUAGGGAGCCGGGCCAGUGUGUGUAAUGCUGAUUCUACCAGCUGCUGAAGUGAGCAAGUAUACAACUGUUAGAGUCCACUCUUUAAAGGUUAGUUAGUAACGGACUAGAAUGAAACAGCGUCUGCGUGACUCUUCCGUCCCUCCUGUCCUCCUUCCACUUGUUCAACAAGUCUUCAAGAAAAAGGUAAAAGUGGUGUUAAAUGUUCGUUUAUCCAUUUUAUUUGUCAUUUCUAUGUAUUUGUUUGCUGCAUGUAAAACUAUUUACACUACGGUAUUACUAUUUUAAACUAUUUAACUACUUUGGAACAGAUUGAGGAAAACCAAGGUUCCGCUGUACAUGCCUCACAUCUCGGCCCCCAAUGUAUUAAAUACUAUACGAUAGAUCUGAAACUCUGUUCUAUUGUUGAGUAGUCAGUGUACAGCUUGGAAAGCAGUAUAUAUUUACUCCAUCCAUCCAUCCAUCUUCCAUACUGCUUCUCCUAUAUUUACUAUUAAAUGAAAAUAACAGGCAGCCAUUAUUAUCCAAAUAGCUGGGAAGAAGAUGUGCUCGGGCUCAUUAUCAUGGGUUUCCUCAACGUCGAACCACAGCUCUCCAGUGCCGUGCAGCACUCAUGCAUCCCCAUACCAUUUAUCUUGCGACUCACUUUUCUUUCCAGCUAUUUAGACUACAAUGGCUGUGUGUUGACUCAUUUUCAGUGACUAGUACACCUGUACUGCUGUGCAAGCUGUACGCUGACUACUCUGAAGCACAUCUACGCUUACUUGAGGCAUCUACGCUGUGUUGUCAGAUAAUGACAGCAAAGGAACAAAAAUCUGCUGUGUUGCAAGAUGGAGGGUUGACACAUUUGCACAUUUCAGGAUGUCUGAAUUUUGUCAUCCGGUUCAUGUCAAGACAUAAUACGGUGUGCGAUGACAGAAAGAAAGAGGAAGAAAAAAAGGAAGAGAGAGCUCCAGUUUACCCUCGCUCAACAAGGAAUGUAUCCCUCCAGACUUUGGGUUUCCGGUUGGGUUUGAAUCUGGGGGGAAAGAAAGCAGCACAAACGUUAGUCGUCAAAGGGUUGUCCCUAUCUGAUAGAGCAUGUCAGGCAUGCAGCUUGCACACAUAAAAGCGAGUUCAAGAGCUUGUGAGGUUUGCGAUUCCAGCAUUUUUCCGCUUUUGUGCACAUGAAAUGUUCUCUACAGAGACAGUAUCUCACUUAGGCUUGUGUUUGUUUUUCCUAAUGCCACAAAUUAAGUUGUGCAAGGGAGAGAUUUUUCCACUCAGGCCUGCAGAAACAAAAUGUCUACAAAACAAAUUGUCCAGUAAAUUUCAGCAGAAGAACCUCAAGCACUUCUUGUCAAGGACCAAGAGCUGACACAAAGCAGCCACAAGCUUUUACAGCCCACUCUGUGCACAGCUUGAGCAAUCACAGCGCCGUACUGUACCGUGACAGAACGUCCAUCUAUACUCACCUAUUGCCUGUCCUUUCCUGUUCCAGCAGCUUGAGGAUAGACUUUCCAUCCAUGUCUGGAGGCGUGUCCAGUCCAGCAAUGUGAAGGAUGGUGGGAGCGAGGUCAAUGUUCAGCACCAGAUGAGGGUUUCUGAAGCACACAGCAUCGAGUGUACAUGAAGUGAUGAACACGCGACCUCGCCGCCGCAGUGAUAACAUGUUGCCAAAAGCAUUACAGUCGUCCCUCGUUUAUCGCCGUUACUUGGUUCCUGACACAUAUUCAUAAAUGGAAUAUUUUCGUAGUUAGAACAGAUUUGUUUACGACUUUCUACAUACGUUUUUUCCAUUAUUAAAAGGCGCUGUAGACAUGGAAUAACACCCAGCACAUUGCUCAACUGUAAUUGGCAGGCUACGGGAUCACUGCAGGGACACAAGACGGCCGCCGCUUUAAACAUAGCACGCUACCGAGCUAAAUAGUUAGCCACCGGUUUGUUUAUUCUAAAUUUAAAGGGUUUCAAACGUAGCGGGGAAGAAGGGCAAAGUACGUAGCCAAAUACCUACCACUUCCACACGGAAUGGGAGGAGAACUUCAUUUCACUAUGUCAUGUUGGAUAUGUAUGCAGUGUGAAGGUACCAAGGAAUACUACAUACAGCUUGUUUUUCAAUAUUUUUGGACUAAUAAUAGGCCAUAGUCAACCACUAAACAGCAAUUAUUUAUUAAUUACUUAAUUUAGGAAAAGACGUGAUAAAGUAGGGGAGCGAUGUAGCGAGGGAAGACUGUAUGGUCAUGUUCGGGGUUCCUUACACUGCCCCUGGCUCCACAUUGGGUCCUCUCAGGAAGAACGGCACACGAAUGUCAAAGUCAUAAGGCAUGGACUUGCCUUUGACAAGUCCAAACUGACCGAUGUGGUAGCCGUGGUCAGCGGUAUAAAUGAUGUACGUGUUGUCCAGUUCUCCGGUCUCCUCCAGCAUUUCAUAAACCUAGAAGAGUGAACAUUAGGUCGGAGGACGCAGAUGGCGGACACACAUUAGGUACACCUGUUAUUGACAGCGAACUCACCUUUUGCACCGAGUCAUCCACAGACAUGAGAGUCUGCAGCCGCUUCCGGUGGAGGAAAUUGGUGAACUCCAUGUGGAUUGGUUUCAUUGGGCCUGUGUACUGCAUGAUCCAGUGCUUGUCCAUGUUGGGGGCAUAGUUGUAGCUGGGGGUGCUGGGGGAAACAGGUGAGAUGCGAAGGUUAGAAAAUAUUGUUUGCCAGACAGUAAUAACACAAGAAAGCUCUUUUGUACAAAAGUUCCAAGCAUGCAAGAGCUCGUCUGUCACGUCUUAGGCCGCAGCCCAGUAACAGGUGCCACGGUCGUUUGCCACACUUGACAGGCGUCAAUAGCGGCUCUGUUUGCCGAUGGAAACGUCUUGAUACUGGUGUGCCAGGACCGGUUCUCUGCUCGCACAGAGACGAGACUCUCCUCGCUCCACUGCGCUCUUGGCUCUGACAAAUCAUUUGAGGGUUGGCACACGCUUGUGAAAAUAAUACUUCUCCCCAACGCGGAGUUUGCAUCAACGUCUGGACCGAGAACUCAAUAAGUCAUGGUCAUCUGAAAAAUUGGGGAAUAACACGAAUGGAUAAACAGCAGCAGGGAGGACUUUUUGAGUCUUGGAUGUCGACGCUUCUCACCUGUCUGCACCUCAAGAAGACGACAUUCAAGAAGGUCCCACAUUAUACCUUUUUUCAACAAGUCACAGAGGUCCCACAACACCAUAUUGGCUGAAAGCUGGAAUGUAGUCAGCUUAAAGUACUUUCAGUACGCCCUACUGAAAACACGCCGUUCUGCGUGUCUGUAGCUUUAAAGCUAAUGAGACGCGUUUGUCCACAGCUGUCUCAGACAACCUGUGUAGCACUACUGUGCAUUUUUAACCACUUUUUUGACACAUACACUAACUCUCACCCAACGUAAUAGAUGCCAUGUAUCACAUACAACAAGGUAACGUUAAGGAGUGGGACAGGAGGACGCAGACGGUAGCAAGACUAGCAUGGCUAUGUGAGCUAAAGUGCAAACAUUACGCUCACAUUUGAACAGUAACACCAUGCUAGGUUGGCCUGUUCACUAAAGAAACAAAAUGAUCAAACUUACUGACAAAUAGCCAUGCUUUAUUUAGAGGUUUGUAGUGAAGCCUCUUUUUUAAAAUUUUUUUAAUGAAGCUGUCGUCUGAAGUCGUGGUUGUACAGACGGGCUGGCUCAUCUAGCUAACGGCGGUCAGAAGCAGGAACACAGAACUUCAAAAGCGAUCGUUUGAGCGUCUCCUCUGUCUAGCCAACCAGUGAGGGAGAUGAUGGAUUUUUCUCAUGUUUGGUGCUCAUAAACAGGCUCGCAGGACAUGUUACUGUUAGAACAUCAUUAAGAAGUCAAGUCUGUGCACUAUUAAUAGGCUUUCCUAUAAAUCAAGAGGGGCACAUUCCGCUCAUGGCACAAGCAGACUUAAUGAAGAGCUGCUCUUUGCUCUGUGAGAAGGGCGAACUCCUCACCCGCCGAGCCAGGCGGUCUAAUAAGCCCAACAAAGGGACCUCUCUCUGGCCGACGGGCCACCAAGGUAUGGGGGGGCCCCGACACCCGGAGGAACCAGGUAUGUGGAGGUCACCACCUGCCACCUGUUCCACACUUACUUGCCAGUUCAUCGGAUACACCUCAAUACAAGGCUAUGAAAUAAAUCCUCACGUCGUGUCAACGGGAUGUGUUGCCAUUUGAUGGUGUUAGCUGUGGAUUACAACAACAUCAACAGACAUCCAUCAACACCAUGUCCUUCUAUGUGCUGCAGAGAGACGCUGCAGGGAAACCUGUGCGUAAAACAAGGCAGCGUCUCUUCCCAACGACAUAUUAGCGUUAUGGCGGUAUAAUGGCGUCUAAUACGAUGCACUACCCCUUAACUUCACAAUGAUAUUCAAUAUUGUGCUUUUACCCCCACAGCACAGCAUAUCCUCCAUGUUUGCUGUAUUAAUCAUGUGUGCUGGGACCGGACACAGCUGGAAAUAAGUGUGUUGUGAAACUACUCGAGUGCUUAACUUUUCAUACACAAUCAAAAUUUUAAAAAGUUACAACUACUGGCCAGCGGCCGAAUGAAAAACAAAAACAAAAAAAAACACUAUCCAAAGCAGAAAAAAUACAUCCAUAAUGUAAAAAUUCAACAAAUCAGGACCACGUUUUUCCAUAUGUGACAAGCACAGACCCUGUUGGUCACCCCCAGCGGCCUCAACCCCACCCCCGCCACAUGGAAGCUGGGACUAAAAAUAAAUUAAUAAUGCCACAAAGGCCGUUCCAAAGCACACAAUGCAUUCCUCUUGGCCCCGGGAUCCACAGGGAGA